AGCAGGCGAUCCCAUUGAGAAAAAUUCAGUCGCGUCAAGCUGAGGGAGAGUGCUAUACCUAUUACAGAUCGCAAACUCAGACGGGUUUUCUCUGGGAUUUAUCAAAUCACUCUUUUUAUACAAGUAAAGGAUUUAAUCACCGUUGGGCGACUAUCACCUCACUUUAUCCCUGUUUAUUCCUGUUUUCCCUACUGCUGCAACAGCCCCGCAGUGAGAAGCAAGUGACAUGGAUGGGUUUUACGACCAGCAGGUCCCCUUCAUUGUGCCCCCCAGAAAGUCUCAUAUGCAGGAACCGUCUUGCAGACCAUUCAGUGACCGAAAAAGGAAGUUUGUUGACACUGAAUUGGCACAGGAUACAGAGGAGCUCUUUCAAGAUCUGUGCCAGCUACAAGAGAUUUGGAUAGCAGAAGCCCAGGUACCUGAUGACGAACAGUUUGUUCCAGAUUUCCAGUCGGAUAACUUGAUGUUCCAUGGACUCCCUCAAACUAAAGUAAAGCGGGAACUGAGCCCAAGCAGAGAGUUUUCCCCGUGUGGACAAGAGCAGAGACUCUCUCCAUAUGGAGAAAAGUGCCUAUAUAGCUACAGUGCCUUCGACAGGAAGCCAUUUACUUUUAACAAGCCACUCACUCCUCCUCCUACACCGGCAUCACCCUUUGGCUCCUCCACCUGCACAGCAACACACCCUGUGCAAAAAAGAGUGAUGCCACCAGCUCAAACUCAGACACAAGUACCACCACUAUUGCCUGGUCCCAACCUCAAUUCCACACCUCCACAUCAGAGAGCACAGACUCCACUCCACAGUCAGAGUCCACCUUUUGCCAUGCCCUGCCCACCUGUCAAUCACCCAGAUGCCUCCUACAGCACAGACCACAGGUUCCAUCGGCAGCUUUCUGAGCCCUGUCUGCCAUUCCCGCAGUCCGAAGGCCGCUAUCAGACACCUUACCCCCCGCAGGCCCGAGGUCAUUUUGCCCGACACAGCCGCCCCCCGUAUCAGCGGCAGAUGUCAGAGCCUUUGGUGCCAAUGCCUCCCCAGGGAUUCAAAAAGGAAAUAGUGGAUCCCUGUUACAAUGAGCAGCGUGUGCAGAAUAUGGGACCCCCACGUGCACCGUUGUUCCACCAAAUGUCAAUCAAACAGGAGCCCAGAGACUACAGCUUUGACUCAGAAGUACAGAACUGCCAGUCAUCUUUUGGCAAAUCAGCAAACUUCUACGGCGCCAACAGUGAGGGUUUUGGGUAUGAUGGAGAAUCCCACAUGUAUUAUGACGAUGCUCGUGUAGUGCCAGACCGCCUGGAGGGAAAGCUAAAACAGGAGGGUGCAGUUUUCCGGGAGGGUCCUCCGUAUCAACGAAGGGGGUCUCUGCAACUCUGGCAGUUCCUGGUCACUCUAUUGGACGACCCAUCCAACGGCCACUUCAUUGCUUGGACUGGCCGUGGGCUGGAGUUUAAACUCAUUGAACCAGAGGAGGUUGCUCGCCGUUGGGGCAUCCAGAAGAACAGGCCUGCAAUGAAUUAUGACAAACUGAGCCGCUCCCUGCGCUACUACUAUGAAAAGGGCAUCAUGCAGAAGGUAAAGGUUGCUGGAGAGCGAUAUGUGUACAAGUUUGUGUGUGAUCCCGAUGCGCUCUUCUCCAUGGCAUUCCCUGAUAACCAGAGGCCCAGUCUGAAAGCAGACCCUGAUGAGCUGCAGGUUCCUGAGGACGACACUGUGCUGCUCUCACAAUUUGAUGAGACUAACGGUGUCCCCUAUCCAGGAGAUGUCAGGGACCAGUGCUUAGUGGGGCCGUCCUUUCCUGACCAUUAUGCUUUCUGAACUGCUUCGCCACCAAUGAGUGAACCAGAAAAACUCAAAAAUGCAUCCGUGCACUCAAGUGCAGCUCAUGUCAAAUUGUAAACACUCCAAUGAGGAAUCUGUAGCGCCUGCUGACAAGUCUCAAGACUUUCUUGCCACACUUUUAUUGUUUGUUUGUUACUACACAGGUUCCAUGAUGGAUUUAUUUUUUUUUUUUACAAACAAAAACCUUAAAGGGACACAACAGUAUUUUUCAGUAUAAUCUUUGAUUUUAUAUACAUAAAAAUAA